CCUAAAAGCCCUGCUCCAAAGGUCAGUCCCUCGUCCUUUCACUUCUCCGAAACCCUGAUUUUUUUUUUCUUUCAAGUUGUAUCUUUUUCUUCUGGAAUCAAAUCUCUAGGAUUAGCGGAAGCGUCGAGUAUCUAUUCUUUGUAAUUUGAAGAGGACAUAGGGAAAGAAGAAAGGAGUUGCUUACUGCAAUUUGUGAUGGUAGAAGUUUGGUGGUCCCUUCUUGGGGCUGCCAUCCCUGCAGUUAUUGCAGGGCAAGCUUUUAGAAUGAAGAAAAGGCAUGCUGAAGAUCAGAAAGUUAAGAGUGCCAGAGGAAGGGAGAAGACUGCAGAUGAUGUUUUUGUUUGUGAGAGAGUCUGCACUUCAAAGAGAAUGCUGAAAAAGGUUGGGGCAUUUUCAAAAGAUCCAAUUCGUGACACUUGUGUAACUGUCUGUGGUGUGUCUGAGCUCGAUGCAUGCUCCGAUGCUUGUGCUCGUACUGUUUGCGUCAACCAACAUCAGGUACCCAACUGGAAUGACAUUUGCCUUCGAAGGUGUCAGAGUGAAUGCCUUAGACUCUCUGCUUCGAAUUCUUAGUGUUUUUUCCUCUUAGAUUUCGAACAUCAAUAUAUGUAGAAUAUAGUGCUUUAAUUACAGUGACUGCUAUCUUGGUCCCAGUAGUUGGCCUCAAAGUAGUGAUCCUACGCAGGCAAUUUUAUGUUGAAUAUUAUGGGUGAUUGUCAGAAUGGAAUUUUUUUCUUUGCAAUAAUAUUUUGGCUGAUCCUUAGCAGUCAAUUUCAAUCUUA